UCCAAAUGGCUCUCCACAGCCUUCUCGUCACCAUCUUCCUCCUCUCCGGCUUCACCACCGCCUCCUUUGCCAGUUUAACAGUGGCAGACCAAUCACUACCAGCCAUGGCCCGGCUGGAUUCGAUUAAUCCAGUUCUUCUCGAAGCCCUCGGCCACUCUCGCCACUCCUUACGCUUUGCUCAAUUCGCUCAAAAGUAUGGGAAGAGCUACGGAUCUGUGGAGGAGACCAGGAAGAGAUUCGGGAUCUUCAUGGAGAAUUUGGAGCUAAUUAAAUCCACCAACCGAAAGGGUUUAUCCUACACACUAGGAGUCAACAAGUUCGCCGACUGGACUUGGGAGGAGUUCAAAGCGAGCCGGCUGGGAGCCGCACAGAACUGCUCGGCGACUCUCAAAGGCAAUCAUAAAUUGACCGAGGCGAAGCUCCCCGAUACGAAGGACUGGAGGAAAUCUGGCAUAGUAAGCUCGGUGAAGGACCAAGGAAGUUGCGGGUCUUGCUGGUCGUUCAGCACUACUGGAGCCUUAGAAGCUGCAUACAAACAGUUAACUGGAAAGGAGAUAUCUCUAUCAGAGCAGCAACUUGUAGAUUGUGCAUCUGCGUUCAAUAACCAUGGCUGUGAUGGAGGCUUACCUUCACAAGCUUUCGAGUACGUGAAAUACAGUGGAGGUCUCGAAGCAGAAGAAGCUUACCCGUAUAAAGGUGUCAAUGGCGUAUGUGGCUUUAAGCAGAAAAAUAUUAGCGUCAAGGUUAUUGAUUCAGUUAAUAUCACUACUGGAGCUGAGGAUGAGCUGAAGCAGGCAGUGGGACUAGUUCGUCCAGUUAGCAUUGCAUUCGAGGUUGUACGUGGGUUCGGCCUAUACAAGAAAGGAGUUUACAAGAGUGAUAAAUGUGGGAGUUCUCCAAUGGAUGUGAACCAUGCGGUUCUCGCUGUUGGCUAUGGAGUAGAGGGUGGAGUACCUUACUGGAUUAUCAAGAAUUCCUGGGGAAAAGACUGGGGUGAUGAUGGCUUCUUCAAGAUGGAAUUAGGCAAGAACAUGUGUGGUAUUGCUACUUGUGCAUCUUAUCCUAUUGUUGCAGCUUAGAAGAAUCUUCUGUGAAGAAUAAUAAUUAUAUGGAAGAAUUAAGUUGAUAUCAAGGUUGAAAUAGACAUGUAAAUGAGGACAUGAGAAUUAUUCAAUGAAUUGCAUGUUUUGGUUGUUUGGUUGAGAAGAUGAUUAAAAUGAUGUGAAAAUCCC